GGACGGAGAGAAGCGCGAACAGCUGGCAACACUGACCGGCGAUUGAUCUUCGCGCGGUUGGCACAGCGAGCUCAGUCGCUGACGAACCGUCGAGCGGAGUGAGUUGUAGUAUACGACUUGUACGAGUUAUAAUAUCUGACGAGCGAGCGAGCUACGGACGGAAACAGCCGAGCGCGACCGCCCAUCUCUCUCGGUCCCUUUCACUGUAGGCCGACGAGAUUCUCUUUCUCUCUCUCUUUCGCGCGUCCGAGUGUACACAGCCAGCCGCGAUCGCGUCCCGUCCUCUCGUCUCUCUCUCUCUCUCUCUCUCUCUCUCGGCCUGCACCACUGCAAAACCGAGCGCUUUCGGCAACGUCUCUCUCGCCUCGCUGUCGAGGGAGCUGGGAUCACCGCCGAUCCUAAACGGACCUCUGUCUCUCUCUCUCUCUCUCUUUCUUUCUCUCUCUUUCUCUCUCUCGUACGAAGCGCGAAAGAUCGAGGGAAUACGUGUCACGGAGAGCAACGCGAGGCAAAUCAAGCAGUCAGCCAGCCAGCCAGCCAAGCCUGCAUCGCCGUCGCAUCGUGACGUAGGAAGGAGUAUGUGAAAAUGGAUUUUAAGAGCGUGGUGUACAACGCGGCAAGGGAUGGCAAGCUCAAACGUCUCAAGGUGUUUCUGGACCAUCGAGCCAAGGAUGAGGUAGGAAAACUGGUCGGCGCCAAAACCCAUGGCGCAACGCCGUUAGUCAUGGCGUGUCGGAACGGGCACUACGACGUCGCCGAGUAUCUCAUCGAAAAAUGUGGGGCGGACGUGGAGCAACCUGGGUCAGUGGUCUUCGACGGCGAAACGAUCGAGGGUGCGCCACCCUUGUGGUGUGCAGCCGCGGCUGGCCAUUUGGCAUUGGUGAAGUUGCUGGUGAAACGAGGCGCCAAGGUGAACUCGAUCACAAAGACGAACUCUACACCCCUCCGCGCCGCCUGCUUCGACGGACAUUACGACAUCGUCAAGUUUCUGGUGCAACACGGUGCAGAUAUCGAGAUGGCGAACCGACACGGGCACACGUGCCUGAUGAUCGCGUGCUACCGGGGUCACAUCAAAAUCGCAACGUUCCUACUCGCGCUGAAGGCGGACGCCAACCGUAAGUCCGUAAAGGGCAACACGGCGCUGCACGACUGCGCCGAGAGCGGAUCUCUGGAGAUACUGAAGGUGCUCGUGGAGCACGGCGCCCAGAUGGACGUAGACUCGUACGGGAUGACGCCACUCCUCGCGGCAGCAGUAACAGGUCACACGCAUAUCGUCGAGUACCUCAUAGGCAUGCCGCAUCUGUUCAGCAGGAAAGAACGCAUCGACGCGCUGGAAUUGCUCGGGGCCACGUACGUGGACAAAAAGAGGGACAUGAUAGGCGCCCUGCAGUUUUGGAAACGAGCCAUGAACGAACGAUAUCGAGGAGAUGGCCCGGUGAUAUCGAAACCCAAGUUCUCGCCGCUGGUAGCCGCUUACGACUUCGCCCGGGAGAUAUCCGAGCCCGAGGCGUUGGACGAGCUGCUCGCGGACCCGGAUGAGAUGCGAAUGCAGGCGCUGGUGAUCAGAGAGCGCAUACUGGGACCGGCCCACCCCGACACUAGUUACUACAUCCGAUAUAGAGGGGCGGUCUACGCGGACGCGGGUAAAUUCCGUCGCUGCAUCGAGCUGUGGAACUACGCGCUCGACAUGCAACAGAACAUGCUCGAGCCGUUGAAUCCUAUGACGCAAAGCUCUCUGUUCAGUUUUACGGAACUCUUCAGCUUCAUGGUGGGCGAAGAAGGCAGACAGACGACCAGAGGUCGCAGAGUACCGCCGGUACAACGGGAGGAGCUCUUGAGAGUCUUCGAGAAAGCCGUUAUGGAGGUGAAAAGAGGCAAGCAGAUGUUGGACAAGAUGCCCGUCUGCGAGCGCGACUUGACAUACUUGAACAGGGUCCUCGUCAUUACCCUGCACUUGGCAUGCUUGUUGACGCGCGAGACAGCGGAGGAGGGUAGCGACGAGUACGUCGCUUUGCACAAGCAGAUCUACGAGUUAGUCCGGAUAAAGGCCAAAGGCAAGCAGGGUCGCGAUGCACUGCAGCUGAUCCACAGCGAGGACGGCACCCUAGUCAGCAGGUAUCCCACUUGCAAGUUCCCGUCGCCUCACUUGACCAGAGCGCUGUUGAGAGUGGGCGCAGACGUGACCGCCCGCGACAACGACGGCAACACGGCGCUGCACUUGGCCGCGUUGUCGUGCCCAUGGCGACCGGACCUCGCGAUCGCCCUGCUCGACGCCGGCGCGCACUUGGACGCGGUCAACAAGAACCGCUGCACCUUCCAGAUGUUGCUGUGCGACAAGCGCAGGUACGACUCGAUUUACCCCAUCAAGUACACCACGCUGACCUGCUUGGCCGCGCGGGUGAUCAAGAGCACGCAGAGGGUCGUCAAAGUGCCCGCGCACCUCCGCGCCUUCGUCGACAUGCACUAGCAACAUCGAGACACGUGGCCCGCGCUCUCGCGCGACGUGAUUAGCCCCGAAAUGGCGGACCGCCGACUGAUCGUGAAAGGAAGAUGCAGUGGUAACAACAGUAUCAGCACCAGCAGCAAUGCAGAGAGCGACGGUGAUAAUUAUGGUUAACCCGAAUCCUCCGAUUCGUUCGUUCGUUCGUUCGUUCGUUCAUCCGUUUGUUUAAUCGCGUUCCCAUCGAAACUCGGCUUGCCGGUACGGAUGAUCUUUCUCUUGCGAAGUACAAUUUUCAUAACGACUUACUGUAAGGAAAAGAGCAGGCUCUCGAUACCGGAGAGAUCUCCCCUCUCCCUCACUCUCUCUUGACCGACGACUUCUCUCCGAAGGUCGAAGACGAAGGUCGGGCGUUUCGUCUCAAACGUGAAAUUUUCCUGCUGACAAAGUUUCUCCCCGUAAUUUUUACCGUUAAUUUAUAUCAAUUAACUCGUAACGAAUCCUUGUUGAUCGCAUAUUACUAGUUGAUAAAAAGCCGACGAGUUCGCGCGAAUUGCCCGUUCGACAAGAGAAAACAGAAAUUAAUUUUGCAGUGUCAAAUCGUACCGGAAGUCACGCUCGCACGACGGUUAGCUUCGCGCGACGGAGUCCUUCAAGUUCGUUUCUCGAAUGAAAUCGAUCAGUCUUUCUCUAACGAUCCUGCGCUCGUCAUUGUUUCUGGUUACGAGAUAAGUGAAUCGAUCGUCGCGCGAUGUAAAUUCUCGCUAGAGAUCAUUUUCUCUCUCUCUCUCUCUCUCUCUUUUACUCCCCCCCCCCGCUCCCUUCUUUCUUUGACUAUCUGGUAUCGGUGCGUAAUGAUUACAAGAGGACUCUGUGUCUCGGUGGAAAAAAAUGUAUUCAUUAAGAUGGAAAGUGUUAUUUCGAAAUUAAAAAACGCGAUAGCGGCAGCGGAGAUAAUGAACAUUGUGAUUCUAUGAUUACGAACUCGGCUACUUAAAGGCCUCUCCUGUAUACAUAAACCCCGCGCGCGCGAGCCAUAUUAUAUAAAUAUAUACAUACCACGUUGAAUAAAAAAACAUACACACACACCCACACACACAUAUACACAUACAUAUUCACACAUGCUUAGCGAUAACGUACAUAGUCUGUUUAAAAGAU